GACACUUCCGGGUUAGUUUCAGUCCGGUCUUGGUCCUGAAUCACAUGACAGCCGAGUCUACCCCGCUCACCUGAUUCACGUCUAAAACCAUGCCGACCACUCAACAGUCUCCUCAGGACGAACAGGAGAAGCUUCUGGAUGAAGCUGUUCAGGCUGUGAAGGUCCAGUCGUUCCAGAUGAAACGAUGCUUGGACAAGAACAAGCUCAUGGACGCCCUGAAACAUGCCUCCAACAUGCUGGGGGAGCUGAGAACCUCAAUGCUGUCUCCAAAGAGCUACUACGAACUCUACAUGGCGAUCUCAGAUGAACUCCAUUACUUAGAGGUUUAUUUGACCGACGAGUUUGCAAAGGGACGGAAGGUGGCGGAUCUGUACGAACUGGUCCAGUACGCAGGAAACAUCAUCCCCAGGCUUUACCUCCUCAUCACCGUGGGCGUGGUCUACGUACGCUCCUUCCCUCAGUCUCGUAAGGACAUUUUAAAGGACCUGGUUGAAAUGUGUCGUGGCGUCCAACACCCGCUCAGAGGCCUGUUCCUCAGAAACUACCUGCUGCAGUGUACACGCAACAUCCUGCCCGACGACGGAGAACAAACAGAAGGAACAGAGGAGAUGACGGGCGACAUCGCCGACUCUGUCGACUUCGUCCUCCUAAACUUUGCAGAAAUGAACAAAUUGUGGGUUCGAAUGCAGCAUCAGGGUCACAGCCGCGACCGAGAGAAGAGAGAAAAGGAACGACAGGAGCUGAGGAUUCUGGUCGGUACCAACCUGGUCCGUCUGAGUCAGCUGGAGGGCGUCAACGUGGAGAAGUACAAACAGAUUGUUCUCUCUGGAGUGUUGGAGCAGGUGGUGAACUGCAGAGACUCGUUGGCUCAGGAGUAUCUAAUGGAAUGCAUCAUUCAGGUUUUCCCAGAUGAGUUCCAUCUUCAGACCCUUAACCCCUUCCUACGUUCCUGUGCUGAGCUCCAUCAACACGUCAACGUCAAGAACAUCAUCAUCGCUCUGAUUGACAGACUGGCCCUGUUUGCUCAUCGAGAAGACGGACCUGGAAUUCCAGCUGAAAUCAAACUGUUCGACAUCUUCUCUCAGCAAGUGGCGACCGUCAUCCAGUCUCGUCAGGAUAUGCCAUCGGAGGACGUGGUCUCUCUCCAGGUCUCUCUGAUCAAUCUGGCCAUGAAGUGUUACCCUGAUCGUGUUGACUACGUAGAUAAGGUCCUAGAGAGCACCGUGGAGAUAUUCAACAAGCUCAACUUAGAACACAUAGCCACUAGCAGCGCGGUGUCCAAGGAACUCACCAGACUGUUGAAGAUCCCGGUGGACACCUACAACAACAUCCUCACUGUACAGCAGCUCAAGCAUUUCCCUCCACUCUUUGAAUACUUCGACUACGAGUCACGCAAGAGCAUGAGCUGCUAUGUGUUGAGCAACACCCUGGACUACAACACCACCAUCGUGGCCCAGGAGCAGGUGGAUGCCAUCUUGAACCUGGUGUCCACGCUGAUCCAGGACCAGCCAGACCAACCGUCAGAUGAUCCAGAUCCGGAGGACUUUGCUGAGGAGCAGAGCCUCGUAGGACGAUUCAUCCACCUGCUUCACUCUGAAGACCCCGACCAGCAGUACCUGAUUUUGAAUACGGCCCGGAAACACUUCGGUGCAGGUGGAAACCAACGAAUUCGAUACACACUCCCUCCUCUGGUCUUCGCUGCCUAUCAGCUCGCAUUCAGAUACAAGGAGAACUCCUCGACGGACGACAAGUGGGAGAAGAAAUGUCAGAAGAUCUUCUCCUUCGCCCACCAGACUAUCAGUGCUCUGAUCAAGGCCGAACUGGCAGAGCUGCCUCUUCGACUCUUCCUGCAGGGGGCGCUGGCUGCAGGAGAGAUUGGCUUCGAGAACCACGAGACAGUAGCAUAUGAAUUCAUGUCACAGGCGUUUUCUCUGUACGAGGAUGAGAUCAGCGACUCCAAAGCUCAGCUAGCAGCCAUCACACUGAUCAUCGGUACCUUCGAGCGAAUGCGAUGUUUUAGCGAGGAGAACCACGAGCCUCUGAGGACCCAGUGCGCCCUCGCCGCCUCCAAACUGCUGAAGAAACCUGACCAGUGCAGGGCCGUCAGCAUCUGCGCCCAUCUGUUCUGGUCAGGACGCAGCACCGACAAAAACGGGGAAGAGAUCCGUGAUGGUAAGAGGGUGAUGGAGUGUCUGAAGAAGGCACUGAAGAUCGCCAACCAGUGCAUGGACCCAUCACUGCAAGUCCAGCUGUUCAUCGAAAUCCUCAACAGAUACGUCUGCUUCUAUGAGCGAGAAAACGACGCGGUGACCGUCCAGGUGUUAAACCAACUCAUCCAAAAGAUCAGGGAGGAUCUUCCCAGUCUGGAGGCCAGUGAAGAAACGGAGCAAAUCAACAAACAUUUCCACAACACCCUGGAGCACCUCCGCCUGCAGAGAGAAUCCCCCGAAUCCGAGGGCCCGGCGUACGAGGGCCUCGUCCUUUAAGAAGGAAACACGUUCCAGUUGGAUGUGAUCUGCAUACGUAAAUGUUUCACGAGUUUAUGAAAAUAUAACGACAAACACAAAAUGACAUCCGCUAGGUCAGGAAUACAAACAUGUGUUGAUGAUUAUUUUUGUCAAGAGCUAAAAGAACUCCAUUUUUUUUUUUUUUUUUUUUUAAAUUCAUUUUCGGCAUCAAUAUCCUCCUAACCGACCUUCACUGGCAUCAUCAGAACCAGGUGUAGAACUGCACUUCUGUAACUGGCACUUGUGACACCAUUCCUUUAUGAAUAUGUACUUGACUCAUUUGUCUUUAACCUACAUGUAUUCGUUUUUUUGUUCGGUAGGUGUAUAUGCGCUCAAUCUCACACCUUUAAUGUGCACAUUCUUCAAGUUACUGUAUUCGCUCAGUGUGCAAAGGUCAGGGAAUCUACGUCAAGGGUGUCAAACACGUGGCCCGUGGGCUAAAACUGGCCGCCAAAAGGUUCCAAUCCAGCCCAUGAAAUAGAGAAAUUACACUAAAGGUAUUAACAGUCAAGGAUGUAUGUUAAUAAAUGUGAUAAUAACCUGUAAAUAAUGACAACUUAGAAUUUUUCUCCUUUUUUUUUGUUUUAGUUUGAAAAAAAU